AUGUCGCCGGAGGAUCGCGCUGCGUCGCAAAUUCGUCGCCGACGUAUCGGCGACUUCGCCCCCUCCAAUCGGUCAUGCGUCGGCGACGUCGGCGCGGGGAAUGCGCGCUCAACGCCCAUGUUAUUCUGUGUGAUGAUCGGACCCCAGCUGGGAGGCCUAGAUGGAAGUGGGCGGGGACACUUCCGGCAGAACACACAUGCCUCCGAGCGCCCAGCUCCGGCGAAGGAGCCUGCGGGGAACCCCGGCAGCCCGCGACCUGCGCAGGCGGGGCGGCCGACGAGGAGGGGGAAAAGGAGAAACAAAAAGGAGGAGGAGGAAGAAGAGGAGGAGGAAGGGGAGGAGGAGGGGGACUGA